AUGUUCUAUUUUUUCUUUGAAUCACGAGACACUCCUAAGGAUGACCCAGUUGUGAUAUGGUUGACUGGAGGUCCAGGUUGCGGCAGUGAACUAGCUUUGUUUUAUGAAAACGGUCCUUUUCAUAUUGCGGAUGACUUGUCUCUUGUUUGGAAUCAAUAUGGCUGGGACAAGGCAUCAAAUAUUCUUUUUGUUGAUCAACCCAUUGGGACAGGUUUCAGCGUCGUUAAUGAUGUAAAUGAUAUUCCACAUAACGAAACUGUUGUUAGCGAUGAUUUGUACGUCUUCUUGCAGUCUUUUUUCGAGGAGCACCCUGAGUUCGUUAAAAAUGACUUUUAUAUCACCGGAGAAUCAUAUGCAGGACACUAUAUUCCAGCUCUUGCAUCACGAAUUCAUCAAGAAAAUAAAGGCAAUCCAAAAAUACAUAUAAACCUCAAGGGUAUUGCUAUUGGUAAUGGAAUUACAAACCCUAGAAUUCAGUACCUAUUUUACACACAAUUUGCAGAGGAUAAUCAUUUGAUUACACCAGGAGAAAGAAAGGAUAUCGACGAUGAAUUGUACGAAGGGUGUACGGAAGCCACGUAUAAUUGUGGUACCAAGGGAGAUCAAAAUUGCUUGUUAGCUAGAGAUAAAUGUGAAGCCAUAGUAAAUAAGAUCAUGUCCAUUGCUGGCGAUAUUAAUGUGUAUGACAUUAGAAAGAAAUGUAUUGGAGAAAUGUGUUAUGACUUUUCAAAGUUGGAGAAAUUUCUAAAUAACCAUGAAGUUAGGGGUAUUAUAGGUGUUGCAAACGAGUUUGUUUCAUGCAGUAGAGUAGUGUAUGAUGCUAUGAGGGCAGAUUUGAUGAAAAGCUUUCAUUUGGGUAUUCCUGAACUUCUUGAGGAUGGAAUCAAAGUUCUUAUAUAUGCUGGGGAAUUUGAUUUUAUUUGCAAUUGGCUUGGGAAUUAUAAUUGGGUUAGUUUCCUACAGUGGUCAGGCCAAAAGCAGUUUAAAGAAUUCAAAGGAGUUCCAUUUUUGGUUGAUGGUACUGAUAUUAGUGAAGGAGGAAUGUUGUAUACCUUUGGACCUCUCUAUUUUCUAAAGGUGUAUGGUGCUGGACAUAUGGUUCCUAUGGAUCAACCUGAUGUUGCACUUCAGAUGCUUACAGCCUGGAUGAAAGGGCAACUAUAA